UCGACUUACAAUCUGAUCAAAGAAUCCAAGUCAUCGACGAGGUGAGGCGAGCAUCGGAGACGUUCGGGUUCUUCCAAGUGGUCAACCAUGGAGUGCCCCCAAGAAGUCAUGGAGGGGAUAAUUGAAGGAGGAAGGAGGUUUAACGAGGACGAUGAUGAAGUGAAGAGGAUGUAUUAUACGAGGGAUGCGAGUAAGAAAGUGUCUUUCAAUAGUAAUUUUGAUCUUUAUCAGGCGCCCUCGGCGAACUGGAGGGAUACCCUGACUUGUCUUAUGGCGCCGGAGACCCUUCCGCCGGACGAACUGCCGCUUGCUUGCAGGACCACAUCGGUGGUCUGCAGGGGUUUCCAUCAGGACCAGUGGGUGAUGUACUCCCAUACCCCGGCUCGGUUAUCAACUUGGCGAUCUAUUACAGAUUUUUUAAAAGAAUGUCUCCCAGUCUAUGAGAAGUACGGAUACGAUAUACAACUACAAAAUGAAAUCAAAUUAUCUGCAUCAAAUAAUUGA